AUGUCCCAAAUAGACUUAAAAUCAGCAAAAGCCGAUUCCAUCACUCAUUUCAUCAAUGAGGAGCUACUCGGUUGUCUCUUUGAACCUACCGACAGUCGUCCCGUUUUGCGACGUCUUCAGAGGCUUCUGGAGCGUCCGAAGGAGGAUCGAAUGGCGUCUGCACAAGACAUUGGAGGAUUGAAAAAAGUGGAGAAAAAGGUGGCAGCUGAUAAAAUGAAAUAUGGAGAGCAUUUGAGACGACUGGCAGUUUGUGUUUGUUAUACGAAAUACGCUCUAACCACUCAUCUCAUCCUUCUUCUAUUCAUCGCUUUAAACUUGGAUACCAUUAUUUGUGAAGCUCUAGGAAGUGCCGGUGAAUGCUAUCGAGGAAUCCUAUGGGGACUCCGGUUGUGCUUUAGUGGCCCAGCAUUUUAUCUUUGCGUUCGGAAAUUAAGACUGGAUCCCGAGGAAUAUACCAAAAGAGAGGAGCAGAAGACCCCCAAGGAGAAAGACGGAAAAGAUUGGGAGGACACAAUGGAGCUGUCCGAGCUGACACGGCGUCAGAUGGCAGUAUUGGAAGUGAUGUAUGUGGAUGUUGAGAGGAGCAAACAGAAAGUGGACAUGGGUGUCAGAUGGUAUCAUUUAACGGACCUAAUGCUCAACCUGCUAUUUGUGAUCUACCUAACAAUUCGUCUCAACUGCUCCACAAAAUCAUUCAUGGUAACUUUUGGAUUCUUCGAUUCAACCAACAUCGCCUUCUUCAUCUACCUCCUGUAUGACGGUUACCAAGUUCUCGAAGUCUCCAUGAACACAUUCUGCGUCUCCACACAACUCGCAUAUGGACACUGGCUCAAUGGAGUGCUCUCGAUUUCGUUUUGA